AUGGCGAACGCUGAAGUUGAUUAUAAUGCUCUGGAGCAGCGCUCGCUUCACGAGAAGGGUUCAUCGGAAGUCCAGAAUACCGACCGAGGAAACCAAUCGUCAGUCUCAAAUGGCGAUGAGGAUGAGUGCCCUGUAGGCUUAAGAUUGAUAUUUGUGGUGGUUGCUUUGAUCUUGGCAAUCUUCCUGACUUCAUUGGAUUUUACAAUUAUUGCCACGGCGAUUCCACGGAUCACAGACGAUUUUCAUAGUCUUGGAGAUGUGGCUUGGUAUGGCUCGGCCUUCUUCUUGGUUACAGCUGGUUUUCAAACAGCUUGGGUCAAGGCGUAUGGCUUUUUCAGCCUGAAAAUCACGUUCCUGCUAGCCAUCUUCCUCUUCGAAGUUGGAAGUCUAAUAUGUGGUGUUGCACCUACAUCGGUGGCACUAAUAAUUGGCCGCGCGAUCGCUGGUCUGGGUGCCGCAGAUGUGAACACUGGUUCGUUUACCCUGGCUGCGUUCUGCGCACCCCCGAAAAAAAGACCUAUCUUCACUGGAUUGAUCGGUCUCUCGUAUGGAAUUGCAUCCGUCUUAGGGCCACUGCUUGGUGGUGCUUUUACGGAAAAGGCUUCAUGGAGAUGGUGUUUCUAUAUCAACCUGCCCGUGGGGGCUGUGUCCGCGCUCUUCAUUGUCAUGGACCCCAUCGGAACCUUUCUGAUGCUGGCCUGUGUCACUUGUUAUAUCCUCGCGAUGCAAUAUGGGGGUGAGAGUUAUGCCUGGAACAGCUCGGUUGUUAUAGGCUUGAUUGUCGGAUUCGUACUAUUUCUAGCUGUUCUUUGUGGAUGGGAGCUAUACAUGGGCGAGAUGGCCAUGUCUUGCCCUCGUUUAGUAAAACGGCAUGUAGUGUCUUCGGCUGUCGGCUUCUUCUUUUUCGGCUCAUACAUUGUGGUCAUCUACUACCUGCCUGUCUACUUUCAGAGUAUUGAUGGCGUGUCUGCUAUCAGUUCAGGUGUUCAUAACUUGCCUUUCAUCAUCUCGGUGUCCAUUUUCACGGUUCUUAGUGGCGUCUUUAUCUCCAUGACUGGCUAUCCCGCACCAUUCAUAAUCUCAGCAGCUGUAGUCAACACGAUCGGAUGCGGUCUUAUUUAUACAUUCAGCAUUGGUACCAGCGCAGGUAAAUGGAUUGGAUAUCAAAUUCUAGCCGGCGUUGGCAACGGAUUUUGUGUCCAAGUCCCGAUGAUUAUGGCGCAGGGAAACAGCGAUGCAUGUGAUAUGGCGGCCACAACUGCUAUUCUGAUGUGUUUCCAAACUAUUGGUGGUGCCUUUAUGCAAUCCGGUGCCCAAGCCGCGUUUGCAAAUCGGCUACUCAUCGAACUUCCUCACACUGCUCCGAAUGUCGACCCUACGGCCGUAGUAGCUACGGGAGGUACAGAGUUACAAUCCUUUGGCUCAAGCCUCCAUGGAGUCCGUCUUGCUUACAUGGACGGAAUUAAAGUGACAUUUGCAUUCGCGUGUGCUUCAAUGGGGGUGGCCUUCAUUCUUGCUCUGUUUUCUCGGCGGGCAAGAAUUGGGAGUGAACCAGCCAAUAACGCCAUGGUGCCUGCCGCCUAG